AUGGUUGCAUCCGUAAAACAGGAAAACAAGGCAGAUCACCCGAACCCACCUACGGAUGGACUGCGGAACAAUCAUGAGCCUGCCUCCAAUCCAGCCGGUGAUGGCUGGGGUUCAGAAAAGCAGCUGGUCUCGGCUCUAUCUCGAUUACAGGAAAUGGAAGGAAAGAUUCAGAAAUUGCGGACCCUUGUUCCAAAUCGCAUAUGGUCACCUUUGGUACCGAUGGUUGCUGACAAGAAAGACGGUUCUCUUUUUUUGAGACCAAAAUCCCCCCAAGAUUUAUUUGAUCAAUUGGGUCAGUCUGCACGAGAGGCAAACGACGAACUGGAAGCUUUCAAGGCAUCUUGGAAUAGCCCAGAGAUGGAAGCAACACGAAAUAUUGUUAACAGAAGACUCAAAGAAAGUGGUGGAGAAUACCCCUAUACCACAGGAACGUGGGAGAGAGAUUAUGUCAGGAUAUUUAAGCAACUAGAUGCCGAGGAUCAGCGGAAAGAGGAGGAGAAGAGAAGGGAGUCAGCAGAGGAGGAGAGAAGGCGCUUUGCACCGGUUGGAAAUGAUUGGAAUGGUAUUGUUGAAUCGUUUGCAGCAAAUGCGAAACCUGGACUUGCAGUAAAACUCAGACCUUCAGCCGAUAACCUCUGCCGAUUUAAUAUUUUACUUCAGAAAGCUUCAGUUGCGUUUUCAGUUUGGCAGAUAAAUGAUUCUGCUGGUACACAUCUUACGGAGUGGGGUGUUGCAACGGAGUCUCGUCCAAAUUCGAAGGUUGGACUGGACAUAUUAGCAAAUAUACAGUCUCGUGAUCGAAAAUGGGAUUUGAAAUAUCUUCUAGUAAGCAAGCACGACCUUGAAGUCAAUUUCGAUUAA